ACUAACUUAAAAAUUAAAUAAAUAUAUUUAACACAAAAAUGUCUUUGAGCUUAGUGAAAAUCUGUGCUAUGCUACUAGUGGUCGUCGUAGUUUUGGAUCAAAGCGCUGGGCGCACUGUUUGCGGUCCAGCAUUGGAUGCGGUGCUCAAAACUAUUUGCAUUCAUGGUUACAAUACAAAAUUCAAGAAAUCCAUGGAAUGGGAUGAUUUGGGCAAUAAUGAAAUUGACGAUGAACUACCAUUCGGCUAUGCAACCUUCCCUUUCUUGAGCAAAAUGCGUGGCGAGCACAUCAAUUCUCUGGCCAAAACUCGUCGUCAUCGUGAUGCUGAAAAUGUUGCAAAGAUCGGUGUGUACGAUGAAUGUUGCAACAAAGCGUGCACUUACAACGAGAUUUUGUCAUACUGCAAUCAAAUGCCGAUUCUUCUGGAGUAAGCAUCAAAGGAGCUUAUUACAGGAGUCUUGGGUAUAUGAAAUACGAGCACAGA